CCUGUACCUGGCGCGCCGGGCCACGGGCAACCUGUCGGCCAGCUUCGGGGGCGCGCUGCGCGCGGCCGAGAGACAGGACGGCACGGAGGGCACGGCGCGCGCAGCUUCCAAGUGCCAGAUGAUGGAGGAGCGCGCCAACCUGAUGCACAUGAUGAAGCUCAGCAUCAAGGUCUUGCUGCAGUCCGCUCUGAGCCUGGGUCGCAGCCUGGAUGCAGACCACGCCCCCCUGCAGCAGUUUUUCGUGGUGAUGGAGCACUGCCUCAAACACGGGCUGAAAGUUAAGAAGAGUUUUAUUGGCCAAAAUAAAUCUUUCUUUGGUCCUUUGGAGCUGGUGGAGAAACUUUGUCCAGAAGCAUCAGAUAUAGCCACUAGUGUCAGAAAUCUGCCAGAAUUAAAGACAGCUGUGGGAAGAGGCAGAGCUUGGCUUUAUCUUGCACUCAUGCAAAAGAAACUGGCAGAUUAUCUGAAAGUGCUGAUAGACAAUAAACAUCUCUUAAGGAAUAGUUCCACAUAUACUGCAGUGGACGAUGGCAGACAAGGACCCUCACUCACUCUCUCUCAGGUUGGAGUGAUCGAUUUUUCCCUCUACCUUAAGGAUAUGCAGGAUCUUGAUGGUGGCAAAGAGCAUGAAAGAAUUACUGAUGUCCUUGAUCAGAAAAACUAUGUGGAAGAACUGAACCGGCACUUAAGCUGCACAGUUGGGGAUCUUCAAACCAAGAUAGAUGGCUUGGAAAAGACUAACUCAAAGCUUCAAGAAGAGCUUUCAGCUGCAACAGACCGGAUUUUUUCACUUCAAGAAGAACAGCAACAAUUAAGAGAACAAAAUGAAUUAAUUCGUGAAAGAAGUGAGAAGAGCGUAGAGAUAACAAAACAGGACACAAAAGUUGAGCUGGAGACUUACAAGCAGACUCGGCAGGGUCUGGACAAAAUGUACAGUGACGUGUGGAAGCAGCUGAAGGAGGAGAAGAAAGCCCAUUUGGAACUAGAAAAAGAACUGGAAUUACAAAUCGGGAUGAAAACGGAAAUGGAAAUUGCAAUGAAGUUACUAGAAAAGGACACCCAUGAGAAGCAGGACACACUCGUCGCCCUCCGCCAGCAGCUGGAAGAAGUCAAAGCGAUCAAUUUGCAAAUGUUCCACAAAGUUCAGGAUACAGAGAGCAGUUUGCAGCAAAAGGAUGAAGCCAUCGCAUCUUUUGAAGAAAAAAUCAAUCAAGUCAUGUCCAGCAUGAAACAGAUGGAAGAAAGGUUGCAGCACUCCGAAAAGGCGCGGCAGGGCGCGGAGGAGCGGAGCCGCCAGCUGCAGCGGGAGCUGGGCUGCAGGAGCGGCGCACUGCAGGAGCAGCUCUCCCAGCUGCAGGGCCAGUGCUCAAGUCUUGAGAAAGAAUUGAAAUCAGAAAAAGAGCAAAGGCAGGCUCUUCAACGGGAGUUGCAGUGUGAGAAGGACACCUCGUCGCUCCUCCGGGCAGAGCUGCAGCAAGUGGACGGGCUGAAGAGGGAGGAGAGAGAGCGAGUGGAUGAUAAAAGCUCAAUAAGAAAAAGCUGUGACGAGCAAGAACAAGCCCUCCAGGAAAUGGGCCUGCACCUCAGCCAGUCAAAGCUGAAGAUGGAAGACAUCAAGGAAGUCAAUAAAGCACUGAAGGGCCACACUUGGCUGAAAGAUGACGAAGCUACCCACUGUAAGCAGUGUGAGAAGGAGUUCUCCAUCUCCCGGAGAAAGCACCACUGCCGAAACUGCGGCCACAUCUUCUGCAACACGUGCUCCAGUAACGAGCUGGCCCUGCCCUCCUACCCCAAGCCCGUGCGCGUGUGUGACAGCUGCCACACCCUGCUCCUGCAGCGCUGCUCCUCCUCCACAGGCUCCUAGGCCUCGGAACAGCGCCAACCUGCAGGGGUUCGCGGCUCGGAGCUGGUUUCCCAAGAGAAUCUAAGGAAAGAACGGUUCCUGGGUCGGCCGCCAGCACUUUCAGAGUUGUAUGGGAUGAACUUUGUAUUGAAGCUUCCUUCUCACUUGGCUGCAUCACUGGUUUAGGGUCCGAAGUAACUUCAUGGUUUUGCUACUGUCAUUUUCACUUUUUCAAGAACUAACCUAUUUUGCAGCAGUUGUACUAGUGUAGUGAGUAAUCCGUUCCUCUCCCCGCACUGCCCUGUGUGCCUCCCCUGCUUGAGUCAAGAAAUGGGCCCUUUCACACCCUUGUAAGUCGCUUCUCACUCUCGUGCAGGGAAUAAAGGAGCUUGUGUCAACCUGA